AUGGACCCGGUAGACUUCCUUGGCAUCAGCGCGAAGGAUAUCGAGCCCUUGCCGCAUCUUCCCAGACUAUUCCAGGCGACCGAACGAGACCUACGCCAGCCGACUGAGGCUCUACAACAGACCCGGAAAGCGGAAUUGGAAUCCCUCUCGAAUACUUUGGAUUUCACCUGGACUGUUCCGGACUGCCGCCCGAAUACCCUGGAGACUCGGGAUUGCAUGAGAAGAGAGGUUGAGAGAUUCAAGGAAUACUUCGCAAGACUGUACAGGAACCAGUCUAUUCUCCCCAAGGAGAGACGCGGAGAAAGCGAUGUACGGCAUGCAACUAGGCCGAUGUCUCUUCCUAGCGGAAAGUUCUCUCAGGAGAUGCACUCCUCGCUCGGAAAAGAGAUUUCCCAGAUAUUGAUGGCAUCCUGCCAGGAACACGAUCGACACAACAUGGGACACGGUGGAUACAUGGCCGCUUUCUCCCGAGGACGAAUCAAACCUACGCUUUUUCAGGGAGCAAGACGGGAACCGAGUCCUACUAAGUGUCUUGAUCCUGAAAAGGGGAUUAGACAGCACGGCCUGUAUCCCAAUCGGCACGAAGACGCGAACCCUUUCGAAGAAAAUAACCAGAGGAUCUCAAAGGGCGGGCCACAGACGCUCUUUGAGUUGACACUGUGGUCCUCUUCGUCGGCAUCUUGUUGGAUGAUGGAACGACUUGCUCGGCCAGACGCGAACCCUUCGGCAGCUGUGUUCGUGGCUGUAAUAUGGACCUACACUGCUUCGAUUGGAACGAGCUACUUUAUUCAUUCUGGCAGCCGAGGCGUCGAUCUUUGGAUUCUUUGUGGAGGUCUUUGCGGACUGGUUUGUGGCUGGAUGAUGGAUUGGACUCUGGUGGAGAUUAUCUUCCGUCUACUCCCCGGGGCCAUUCUCUUCGCCUUCUGGCUCGGUGUGCACUGGGCCCCAGAACGACAGCUUUCUGGGCACCCUGUUGAGUAA